AAUGGCGUUCCGUGUCGAACACUGCAAAAAAGCUAUGGAGUUUUUCAUUAAAUUCAAUACCGGCUCGAAAGCCUAUCUGGAAUACGCAGAGCUUCCAAAUCGCGUGCUCGAUUUUCAACAUACCGUAACCCCAGAAGACCAACAAGGAAAGGGAGUCGCCAAAAUUCUCGUCAAGGAAGGACUCAAAUACGCCGCCGACAACAAGUAUCUCGUCCAGCCAACCUGCUGGUACGUAGCAAAAUAUCUUGAUGGAAGUAGUGCAACUGAAGAGGAGAAGCAACUCGAUAUUCGCCACAAGCUGUGAAUAUUCGAAUUUUAAAUGUUUCGAUUGUGAAGAUUUGUGCCUGUAUUGUAAGGGUUGUAAUUAAUAAAGUUAUUUUGAG